AACUACGAAAGCGAUGCGAAACCAAGUAAAAAGGAAGAAGUGUUAUUUCUUUUCUUAAAUAGACAAAGAGAAAUGGCAUAAUCCUCACUCUUUGUGUAAUCAUCAAAAGCAGCAUGGUGGAGCAGAAAAACUGUUCUAAAGUAGAAACGCAGCAGUACCAUCUGUGAGCCGGAGCUAUCGUAUUUCUUCAUUCCCUUUCUUCUUUCUCGAGUCUCGUAAUGUUCUCUACUUUACCAAUUACAGCGCUACUAACGCGCAGUAGUUAUUCCUUCUGCAGCUCUCUGUUCACUGGUUCUCCUUAUGCUUGACAUUGCAGCUUCUGUUCCAUCAUUUUCUAAUGCUCUUUGUGCUUAACAGUGUCACAUGAGACAUGAGUCUUCAAAUGUCACUCACGACCGAUUAUCGUGAUUUUCGUGGAGAAAGCAUCAAAGUAAUCAACUUUAAACUAGUGACAGUUGCUGUUCAUUGUUCAUUUUUCACGCUUCAAUACCUGUGAGGGAAAAGCGCUGAAUCAACAGGAGCGGAGCGAAAUUUGCAAAUUAACUAGCGGGAACGACCGAUUCGUUGUUGCGAACCUCUUUAAACUGCCGUUUUCUCUGAAAUGUCAUAUCUUCAUCCCAAGGAUAUGUGAGUUCUUGUCUCCUUGCUAGAUAUGGCUGAAAUUAGGGUUACUAGGGUAGAGCAAGGUCAAACCAAGAUAAAAAAUGUUCCAAUCGCCGUCACCCCAGAAGGUUUUUGGUGUUGCCCUUCUCCAGUUGUGUUUCACAAAAGCCUGAAAUCUCAGAACCCUCUCAAUAAAACCAAGCCCUCCUCCUCCCCGCCACCACCACCACCUCAAAAAACUAGUAUCCAGAAAAAUGUAACCCCUGUUAGCGAGAGAAGACCAGCACCUGUGCCACCAAGAUCAAUGGUUUCUGAUGAUCAACAGUAUGUCGCCCCAGAAAGACAUCAAGUUAGUACAGCUAUGGUCACGGAGAGAUCAGAGAGACCCAAAAUUGAGACUUCACCUAGAAAGGUAGCUAUUGAAUUUGGUGAGUCUGGAACUUGUGAUAUGAAGUUGGUCUUACUUGGAAAGCAGGGGUUUUGUGUGAAGCUAAGCGUGCACAGGGAUGUCCUAAAAGAGAAUAGUAGUUUCUUUGCUGAUAAACUCUCUGUACAAUCUGACUUGUCAUGUCUCCAAAUUGAUGAUUGUGAGGAUGUUGAAAUAUAUGUUGAGACUGUUGGAUUGAUGUACUGCAAGGAAAUGAAGCAACGGUUGAUGAAACAAAGUGUUCCUCGCAUACUUCGGAUACUUAGGGUUGCAGAACUUGUUGGCUUCACCAGCUGUAUCCAGUCAUGUUUGGAGUACUUGGAGGCAGUCCCUUGGGUUGGAAAUGAAGAAGAAGAAAAAGUGGUCUCAACAAUACUGCGACUCCAAGGGGAAGGAGUUGGUGUCAACCCUGUGUUGAAACGAGUUUUCUCUGAUAUCACCAAGGCCCCAAAUGAUACUUUAUCCUGCAUCAUUGAACUUGUUCUCACAAGCAAGGAGGAAAAAGGACGCCGAGAGAUGAAAACGAUAGUUCUGAAGCUUCUCAAAGAGAACAACAUUGUUCCAGGUCAUUCUGGCCCAUCAGACAUCUGUAAAGAAAUGAUUUACAGAUCAUGCAGAAGCUGCUUGGAUUCUCUAUUGUCUCUGUUUAGGCAGGCUGCAGAACUAGAGCUGUCCGGUAAACCUGCCACCAACAAAGAAGCCAUUGUAAAACACAUAGCACUUGAAGCUGAUAACUUCUUGUGGUUACUAGAGAUACUAGUCAACAGACAAGCUGCAGAUGAACUAGCAGUGAUGUGGGCGAACCAGCAGGAAUUGGCUGUCCUUCACAAGGAGCUACCUAUUGUAUCCCGGUAUCAUGUUAGUUGCAUCUCGGCAGGAUUAUACGUAGGUAUAGGAAGGGGGGAGUUGUUGCCGUCUAUGGGCACGCGUCAGUUGUUGUUACAGACAUGGUUACAGCCUCUGAUCAAUGACUUCUGCUGGUUACAACAUGGAUGCAGGUCGUUUGAUAGUAAGGUUGUGGAGGAAGGAAUUGGGAGGACUAUUCUCACUCUACCUCUAGAGGAUCAGCAGAGCAUCAUGCUUUCUUGGGUGGGAAGUUUUUUGAAGGUUGGUGACAAGUGUCCAAACCUCCAGAAAGCUUUUGAGGUUUGGUGGCGGAGAACUUUCACAAGACCUUAUGUGGAAGGACGAGGGAAUAAUAACGUGGGAUCUGAUUGUAGUUUUUUCAAUGUUGUCUAACUUAUCAGGCGUGUGUACAAUGAGGUUCAUGAAUAUCUUGCAAUGGGGUUAUGGGCUAUUGGAAAGUCACUAUAAAUUGAUGAGUAUAGCCAAAGGAAUGGUACUGAUUGGAGAGUGUGGGGAUAAACAGUGUAAACAAAUUGCUUGUUGAAUCGAUGGUAUUCAAAAUUGGCUUUUUGUGCAAGUUCUUCAAAGGAAUGGAAUUUUGUGUGUUGUUUCUGGUAUUGUAA